AUUUUUAACGGCGUGUCAAACGAUCUUUUUAUUUCUAAAUAGUACAACUAAACGGAAGAAAGAUCUAAGGAGAAUCUUUAUUUUCAAGUUAUACGAUUUUCGGUAAAACGUAAAAAUUCUAAAUGAUGUUGUUUCAGUUUCGACAUUAUCGACCGACGUCUAAUUACUAGUUUGAGGAAUACAUCGUUGAACUUUGUAGCGCUAAAGUGCUUGAGUCAUUCAUCGAAGAAUCUGUCAAAUUAUUGGUUAUAAAACGCGUAAUUGAUAUGAAUUGAGUGCGGAAAAUAUCUCAUUGUACCUACAGCAUUAUUAUUCGGGGAUUUGAAUAUAUUUUUGAUCACGAAACAAUUAGUAUCCAAUGUCAAGAGUAUGACUGGAUUACUUGCGUUUUGUAUCAUCUUUUUUAUACUUUAUUGUAAUUUUACAUGGGUGAUACCAAGAGGGUUAUCAUGGCUAGUGAAGCGUCGUUACAAAAUUCAUUUACGGGUAGGCCACAUUUCUCUACCUUACUUUAUCCUCCGUGAUGUCAAUAUAACUAAAAAUGGUUUCACAUUGCAAGUUGAAGAGAUAAGUAUACGCAGCAGUUUAUUUAGCAGCGAUGUGGCAAAAUUAUUGGCUGUUGUUAUGAGGGAUGUCAGAAUAAAUAAAGAUGUCCCAGUUGGUCCGACAUACAAGAUAGAACAAUCUAACAAAGUGCUGGAUUUUAGAAACAAGAAGAUACCUCCUAUAAUUAUAACAUUUGUACAGUUUAUGGCUGUGCACGUGGAGAACUUGAGCCUGCUGGCUCUUGGCAAUGGCUGGUUAGCGAAUGGAAGUGCAGAAAGUCUCAGUUUGGACGGUAGUAUUGUACACGGUGCACGGACACUCUUAGCAUCUGCUUCCAUCGUUGGCGGUGCUAUGAAAUUACUGCGACAUGCUUCUGAUGCGUGUCUCUCACAAAUAACAUUUGCUGGAACAGUAGAAGCUACAUUUAAAGCUCAGGGAGAACUUUCAUUUGAGACCUUAUAUGUCGGAGUAACACAGACCGAAGGAUCCGGUGGUGCGGGCCUUGUCCAUUUUUUGAGAGACAGACUAACACUGAGUCCUGCAGCAUCGUGCAGCAAUGUAAAUAAUAAUUCGUCCAAUAACAUAAUAGCUAGAUUCGCGCCUAUUUUCCCCAAAGAUUUCACAUUGAAAAUUGGUAAUUCGUUGAUAAUAGCUGGCAGGGAGGACAGUAGCAUGAUAGGUUUGGAGGGUACCUUGAGAAGUCUACAGGUCAAUGCAAAAUUCCAAGCUGAUAUGAUGCGGUUGAAUUUUACUAUAAAUUUAGAUGGCUUGUGCAUACGCGGAAGGCUGCCUAUUUUAACUCUACAAUCACUGUCGAUCGAUACAAAGUUGGAGGAGAACGUUUUAUUCGUUAGUGUGCAGCUGAAUAAUCUGUCGAUAAUGUACGAUCACCGAGACUGGGAGUCGUUGUACACUAACGAGAAUGACAUUUCGAAGCCUGUCAGCGGUAUAUCGUUGAGAGAUCGACUGCCGAGUUUCGAAAUGAGACUAGAUACGGAGCUGUACGAUUCCUCGUUGAACAUUAAAUUGCCGGACGUGCAGGAAGCGUCCUGUGGGGUGGCGCACAUGAAAUUCUCCUUGAAUUCAUCCACAGACAAAACCGAGGAUCUGAAUACAGAAUUGGUCGUCGAGUCUUUGUACUGCGCUUUGAACGGCGUCAACGGCAACGUCUCCGAGACAUCCCACCAAUGGGGCAGCCCGCUCUCUGUCGGGGUGCUGUUAGCGACCACUCGCAGCAACGCAAUAGGAAUCGCAGUCGACGCUCUCGUGACCGAAUGGAGUUUGGAGCUCGCCAAGUUUUUCGAGCAAGCUUAUAGGUGCUGCAAGAAGUAUCAACAGCCGAUAGCGAAGAAGAAGGAUGCGGCGUCGCGCGAUCCUAUGCAGUUGAAUCUGAAAAUCACAAAUUGCAAUCUGUUCUUCAUCGCCGAGAACGAGCUGUCCAUAAUGAUGCGUUUGGACAUAGCAACCGUGGAGCAGAGCGCGAAGCGAUUCGUAGGCGUGGCGGAAGGCAUGAGCGCGAUAACUCUCAACAAGAACGAGCCGGUCAUGUGCCAGCACGCGCAAGCUUUGACCCAUUCGUUUCUGGCGAUACGGAAGUGCAAAGCUGCCAUUAAUUCCGACGCCGUGAACAUCAGCCUCGACGGCACUAGUCUAGCGUGGAGCCCCAAUCUGCAUCUUCGCUUGAUGCAGUUCUGGGUGGAGUCCGAGGACUUCAGAUGUAUCAUCUCGAAUGAAAUGAGCGCGACCCGUAUUGAAGAAGUGCAAAAGAAGAAACGCGUUCUGGAUUUGCUGGCGACGGGUGGGAUCACCGUCACCAUCGACGUUUCCACGAAACACUUCCUGAUACUGACGUCCGAUCAGUUGCGUUGGUCGCAGGGCGAAUGGCGACUCAAUUACGUGCGGGUCACUCUGGACAUGGCCGAUAUAAUAAUGAUCGAAGGUUUCGAAUUAGUGCGCGUGAACGAUAACGCGGAGGUGCGAGUGGAGAGGCAGAGCAACGAGGGCUUCGUGCUGGAUUGGAACGAGUGCUGGGCGUUGAACGUGGACUCCAUUAAAAUCUGCUUUCCGUACGAGCAUCAGUUCACAAACGCGAUACAGAACGAGCUGUUCAGCAUCAGGAGGUGGCUGAAGGAGAUCCACUCUACGAGCGCGUCCAAGUGGGAGUCCCUGCCGUGCGAUAUGGUAAUCAAGAUCAAGGAAUGGACGUUCGAGGUCGGUGACGAUCCGUUCGAGGUGCGUCUGCGCGACAAUUACGAGCUGCUGGAGGACGAGUACAAGGAGAGCCUGAAGCGGCAGGCGAUGCUGGACGCCAAGGUGCACGAGCUCUGUCGCGCGCAUUUACUGCUGCCGCAGGGGAAGGUCGAGGAACUGUACGCCAGUCUGAACAAGAAGAACGCGGAGAUCUACGUGCAGAGAUGGAAGCAGAUGCAACGGGCUGGUCCCGCGAGAACCCGGCUGUUCGCCUGGACGAUGCUGGACCUGGAGAUACUGGCUUUGGCCGAUCCGUCCAUCAACGGCACGGAGAAGGCGAUGAGGGCGCUCCGCGAGAUGGACCCGGAGACGCCAUGGCCCGAAGACGGCCUGGAAUUCAGCACCCUCUGGGUCAGGGGGAUCAGCCUGAAGUGCGCGGAAUGGAAGCUCCAGCUUCGCGAUUUCCCGCAGCCGCUGCUCGUGGUGGAGAACCUGAACAUAUGGGGCAGACUGGCCGGAGCGGAGGCUUUGGCACCGCUGAGGGCGAAGAGGACCGUCAGGAUCGAGAUCGGCGCACCGUGGGAGGACAUAGUGGUGGAGAGGGGCAUGACGUCCCUCAAGUAUUACCACGACCUCAACUGGGACAUCGACAAGUUCAGGUACGCGUUCGGCCCGUGCUGGGAGCCGGUGGUAGCGCAGUGCAACCUCAGCUUCGAGAAGAUCCUGCAUCCGUCGCGCGACCCGAGCCCGCCGCUACCGUUUUGGGACCGGAUGCGACUGGCUCUUCACGGUAGGCUGACGCUCUGCGUGAAACGGCUGACGGUGCUGCUGCACGGCUCCCUGGACCCUUACAAUACCACGGAGGAGAUGGAGCUGACGUGGACCGGGCUGGAGCUCGACUGGACCCAGGGGAAGAUCAUCAUCAAGGGGGACCUCGACGUGUACGUGCGUACGGCUAGUAAAUACGACGACUGCCGAUUGCUGCACUUGCCCAACGUCAGGCUGAGCAUCAAACUGGCGUGGGUGUGUCUGGGCGACCCGCGAGACCAUCACGCCGCUGUACCCUGCGCGCCGGACCGGCUGCCCGAAUACUCCAGCAAUCAGGAGCACGACUCGUUCAGGGCGUUCCGCUCGCAGAAUCUCAAUGUCAGUCUCUCGCUGGAGACCAAACCGACCGGUUCACCCACGCUGACCAGCGCGCCAACGGCCCUCCUCUACGGCAGCACGUUGAGAUGGUUCGAGAACCUCAAACUGAUCCUGUCGGGCGCGACGCGACCCACGAGGAAGGGCCCGCUCUUCAAGAACAUCAGGCCCAGGAAGAAGCAGCUCAGCAGGCACUACCGGAAGGUCCGGCUGACCCUGGCCUUCCACCGAUUCCACGUCAACUACUGGAUGUCCUUCGCGAUGCAACGGGGCUUCGAGGUGACCGGCGGCCGAGUCGCCUGCAGCUCGGAGCACAAUCUGGCGCUGCACCCGAUCGACGACGGGCUGAUACACCGCCCGCGCGCCGAGUGGUCCGUCGUCUACAUGAAUUGCGAGCUCAGCGACGCCGAGAUCUGGCUGAAGAGCGCGCUGCAGGAGGAGGAAGAGAGCGCCUCGCUGCGUCAGCCGGUCGAGAAGUGCUACUGCUUGAGCGUCGCCCGGGUCAGCUACGGCAGGGAGGCGAUGGUCGCCGGUGUAGGCGGCGACACGCCGAUCCACCGGCUGGUGGUGCACGAUCUGAGAGGCGCCUGGACCAAGACCAACCGCGACGUCGCGUUCGCGCUCUUCGACUCCUUCAUCAAGACCCAGCAGCUCAAGAAGAACCUCUCGACCGCGGCGCUCAAGGGCUUUCACCGGGACAACAGCACGCCGCACAAGAACCGCCGCACCAGGCCCUCCGUCGGCGACCAGCAGAGCGCACCCACCCAGGCGACGCCCUCGUCCACCGUGAAGCCGCAGCAAGGCGAGGCGGUCGGGAUGCUGCAGAGAUUGAUAGCGGAGGCUACGAACAAACCGGUCGCUUUCAGCGACGAUCUCUCCGUGCAGACCAGGGGUCAACAGUUGCGUGGACUGGCGGCCUGUCAUCAGGACGACGUCCUGCACAAGAAUUGGCUGAUCGCUCUGGUGAACAGCCAAGUGUUGUUGAAAGGCAUCGAGACCCGCGGCUACGUGAUUCUCUCGGCUGCCAAGGCGGAGAUAUUGCAGAGAGUCCAUCAUCCGGUUUGGAAGGAGCGGUCCCUCGUCCCGAAGACCACCUGGGUCGGCUCGCUGGAGUGCAUGCAGUAUUACGCCACCGUGAGCGCGAACAUCGACGACAACAUCGACGAUAACAUCAUGUGGUUGACGUUAGAUAACAUACAAGAAAAAGACUCGACCGUCAUCGCCGGCUUGCCGGACGUGCCAGCGCUGGUAGGGUCCGGUCAAAGCGUAGGGGGAGUGGUCAGUGAGACGGUAGGAGGCGGGGGAGGCCCCCAGCACCAACUGCAGCGCAUAGUGUCCCGCUGCAAGUGCGAGUUCUUCUACGUCGGCUACGGUCAGACCUUGGACGUGGGCUCGGUGGACCAAGUGCCGCCGCCGCCCAGAGAGGAGGUCAGCCUGUGGGAGAGGAAGGACCUGUCCGCGGCCGACGCGUUCACGCUGAUGCAUCAUGAUCUGGACGUGUGCACCAACUCGUUGCAAUACGCGAUGAUCUUGGACAUAGUCAACAACUUGCUGCUGUACGUGGAGCCGAGGCGAAAGGAGGCCUCGGAGAGGCUGCAGAGGAUGAGGUUCCAGCUGCAGCUGCAUUCCGUCGAGGACCAGAAGAGGCCGAUACAGCAGCUGCAGAACGCGGUGCGCUGCCUGGUGGCGAAAUUGAGAAGGUUGGAGCGCGAGACGUACCUGGUGCAGAAGGCGUUGGCGGACGAGUCGAGUCCGGAGUUACUGACGGAAAUGGAACGGCUGGAAGCGAGCGUGUUCGAGUGCAAAGAGCAGCUCAGCGCCAAGGCGGAGGAGCUGGACGUCAUGUUGAACUGUUACAAGGAGACCACCGCUCCUGCGGCCGCGUCGGCUACAUUGAAGGACAAGCCGGCCGCGGUAGCCAGGGUGGCCGAGAUCUGCUUCAAACACGCUCAGUGGAGGCUGACGGACGCGGACGGUCAGCUGGGCAUCGCCGAUCUCAUCCUCACUAAUUUCCUGUACACGAAAACGAGCAAGACCGACGACUCGGUGGAGCAUCUGCUGGAACUCGGCUACGUCCGGAUGACGAAUCUACUGCCGAAUCAGAUCUACACAGAAGUGCUCACGCCGACGGAGUUGCAAAGCAACAUGCCUGUCGAUCGGCAGAGAGCUCUGAGGGUCUUCUGCAGGGAGAAGGCGCCGGUGGCGGGUAUAUCUGUGAAGGAGCACUUCGAGAUCAACGUGGUGCCUCUUACGAUAGGCUUGACGAAGAAGUUCUUCAACACUAUGCUGAAAUUCUGCUUCCCCGAGAGAGAUCCGGAAGGCAUAGAGGAAGCGCCAGCGCCGCAACGCGAUUCGUCCUUUUACGUGCCCAUCGAGAGGAGAGACGACGUUGAGAAGAUGAAGGAGCGGGCUGACAAGAACAAACUGUUCAUAUACAUCAAGAUACCGGAAGUACCUGUCCGCGUGUCGUACAAGGGGAAUAAGGAGAAAAAUCUCGAAGACGUGCGCGACUUUGCGCUAGUCAUACCGACUUUGGAGUAUCACAACGUCACAUGGACGUGGCUCGACUUGCUCCUGGCUAUGAAGAGCGAUUCCAGACGCGUGAUACUGAGUCAAGCUAUCAAGCAGAAACUGCAGAUAAAACCGAGGGGUCCACCCGAGGAAUCAGCACCGCAGGAAGAGGAUAAGGCUCGUCUUUUGUUAGGUACCAGGCAUCUGCCCGGAGACGCGAGAAAGAAAAGCGUUUUUAAGUUCAAGUAAUUUAUAUAUGCACCCCAUGUAGGAUUUCCUUCUUUUUUUAUGUAACAUAAUAACUUAUUUAUUAUUAUGGCGUCGGUAAUCGUUGCGUACGAUCGUGUCGUGUACAAAUAAAUUGUACAGAUUAAUUAGCACCUAAAGGUAAUACACUAAUAUACGCAACUUCCUGAGAUGUUGAAACGCCUCCGCGUUUCCGUUUCCCGCACCUCGAUUACAAUGGCUAAGAUCAUUGCGACGCUUGCAGAUAGGCGUUAGAAACGUUUGAUCCUAUAUGACCUCUGACAAGUAUGUAGAAGCUUAGGACUCUUUUACUCGUACGUUACUUUAUUUGUAAUUAAUAAUUUCUUACGCUAUGUUAAUAAAAAUAAUCUCAUUUUGAUAAUUA